CCCCCCCCCGCCCCUUCCCCCUCCUCCUCGUCUCUCAUUCUCGCUGCGACGAACCCUAAAUCCCUUCCCUCUUCCAACUCUGCUCCUCGAUCGAGGAAGAGUCGAUCGCAGAAGACCAGGAACGCUUGCCCCUUCGCGCUCUUUUGCUCUGAUCCGAGGGGGAGUUGUUCUCAGGAUAGGCUGUCAUGGCUGACGACGAGCCGCAGCCCCUUAACUAUGUCCAAGAGACAGUGUUGAAGAAAAGAAAAAACAAUGAGGAAUGGGUUAUCAAGAAAAGGGAGCGAUUAGCAGAGCGAAAGAAAAGUAAAGAAAGCUUGAAGCCUGCCAUUAAAAGGCCUGAAGAGUUUGUCAAAGAAUAUCGUGACAAAGAGCUGGACUUUGUUCGCAUGAAGCAGAGGCUAAAGCUACGGAAAUCUUCCAAUGAUGCCAUAAAGUCUAAGUUACUUUUUGUUAUUCGCAUCCAUGGAUCAAAGGAUAUGCAUCCCCGGACAAGACAAAUCUUAAAUAAGUUGCGGUUGAGACAUAUCUUAAGUGGUGUAUUUCUGAAAGCCAAUGAAGCAAAUUUGAGAAUGCUUCUGACUGUAGAACCGUUCAUUACUUAUGGUUAUCCUACUUUGAAAAGUGUGAGGGAGCUUGUUUACAAGAAGGGCUGUGGAAAUAUAGAAAAGGAGAGGACUCCUCUUACUGACAACAACGUCAUUGAGCAGGCACUUGGGAAGUAUGGUAUCAUCUGUCUUGAAGAUGUCGUGCAUGAGAUCGCCACAGUGGGAUCACAUUUCAAGGAGGUUACCAGCUUCCUGUGGCCAUUCAAGCUUAAAUGCCCAGAACGCAGAUUACAGAUGAAGAAAAAGCUCUACAAGGAGGGUGGCGAUGCAGGCAACCGUGAAGAUCACAUCAAUGAGCUCAUUGAUAAGCUGAACUAAGAGGGAUGAGCUUGUGGUGGUCCAUGUCAAGCAUGGAUGACAUCAAUUAAACUAGUUUUGCCAGACUUUUUUGCUUUUUAUGGCUUGGAAAAGUAUUUAGUGGAAAUCAGUAAUGUUGUAUUCCCCGGCAUCUUUUUGUUUUCUUCUUUUAACAUCAAAAUCAUAAUCGUCUUGUCUUUUUGACUCUUUUAACAUCCUCAAUAGAUUCUUCCACUCGUCAUGUUCAUAAUUUUGUUUUAAUGAUCAUCUUUUUUCA